UCGGUUCCAGAAGAUAGUAGCGACAGGAGCUCUCGCUGCCGGAGUUGCCUGGCGACGAGGGGUUGGGAAGGGCCGUGGGUUGUUUACCUUGUCCCGGGAGCGGGUUGUAUUUUAUCCAUGGCAGCGGGCGAGGAGUCCGCACUCCCGGCCGGUAUAGCGGGGAGCCGCAGCGUGGAAAAGGCGCUGGAAGAAACCGUGGCGAGUGGCGCGUUAAACUUAUCCAACAGAAAACUUAGAGUUUUCCCCUCCGCCGCUAGAAAUUACGAUUUAUCCGACGUUACGCAAGCGGACCUGUCGAAGAACCGUCUCUCGGAGCUCCCUGAGGAGCUGUGCCAGCUCAUCUCCCUGGAAACCCUGAACAUGUACCACAACUGUGCCAGGAGCAUCCCGGAUAGCAUCGUCAAUCUGCAGGCUCUCAGCUACCUGAACAUCAGCCGGAACCAGCUCACCUUCCUGCCAGCCUACCUGUGCCACCUGCCCCUGAAGGUCCUGAUCGCCAGCAACAACAAGCUGUCUGCCCUGCCAGAUGACAUCGAGGCCAUGGGCAACCUGCGACAGCUGGAUGUCAGCUGCAAUGAGAUCCAGUCUCUCCCGCCGCAGAUCGGCAGUCUGGAAUCUCUCCGGGAUCUCAGCGUGCGGAGGAACAACAUCACUGUGCUUCCAGAUGAGCUGUCAGAGCUGCCUCUGGUGCGUCUGGAUUUCUCGUGUAACCGCGUCACGAGGAUCCCUGUCUGCUACCGCCACCUGCGCCACCUGCAGGCCAUCGUCCUCGACAACAACCCACUGCAGUGCCCCCCCGCACAGAUCUGCACGAAGGGUAAAGUCCACAUCUUUAAAUUCCUGAACAUCGAAGCCUGCAGUAAGACCGUGCAGGAGCUGGAGGGGUUCCAGCGAGUGGCCCGACCCACUGGCUUUGCCUCCUGUCUGUCGGAUGAGUUCUGCCCAGUGCGGCAGUACGAGGGUCUGGACUCCGGGUUCAACAGCGUGGACAGUGGCAGCAAGCGCUGGUCAGGGAACGAGUCCGCGGAUGAUUUUUCUGACCUGUCUCUUCGCAUGGCUGAGAUCACACGGGACCAGAGGCAGCUGAGAGAGAGCCGAUCCACUCACAUGAUGGGGGCCAAAACCUCCGUGAACGGAGAGGUGGAACAGAUAGAUUUCAUCGACAGCAGUCUGAACGGAGAGGACUCAAAAUCAGAUUCCAGCCCACAGCAGCAGACAGCGCCCCCUGAGGUGAGGGAGGUCUCCCUGCAUGCUGUCAGACCCAAGGAGCUGGAAAGAGAAAAUACACAGAAGAAAACUUCCUCCCCGAAAUUAGAGGCCACAGAUAAAACACAAAGUAACAGUUCUGUUCUCAGGCCAACGGUUUGUUUGGAGCCCCCAGGGUCCCUCAAGGGGUCCCGCGACGAUUCGGGGAGCACGGCCUCCCCUGCCAGCCCCCCCUCAGAUGAACGCAGGCGCCCUGAGAUCCUGCAGAUCUGGAAGGAGAGGGAGAGGCAGCAACAGCAACAGGCAGCGCUGAGGAGGCAGGGAGCAGAGCGGAGGGACAGCUGUGCAUUCAAAUCCGCACAGAGGACUGGAGCAAGCGCAAUGCCUGCACUGCAGACAGCAAGUACUGGUGGCAGUCAACCAGAAACCAGCUCCCUCCCCUCUCUGAAACAGAGGAGCCAGAGUUCAGAUCAAGCCCCUGUCAACCCGGCUCCCUCUCGCAGUGUCUCCAAGACAGAACAGGCCCACUCCCCCAGGGAGACGGGCUCCACGCAAAAACCCAACAGCUUCCUGUUCCGCUCUGCCUCCAAGAACGUGGUGAAGCCGGCAGGUUCAGUGACUUCCUUGGUGGACACUGGGAUCUCUGAUUCAAAGUCAGGUCUCCUGUCUCGGAGCUCAUCGGAGCACCUACCAGAAGAGAAGGAGUUAAUAGCGCAGCUCCGAAAGACCCUCGAGUCGAGGUUACGGCGCUCGUUGCCCGAAGAUCUCGGCGAGGCUCUCUCGAACGGAGCCACCCUGUGCCAGCUGGCCAACCAUGUGAGGCCACGGAGCGUGGCCAUCAUCCACGUGCCCUCCCCCGCUGUGCCAAAGAUCAGCGUUGCCAAAUGCAGACGGAAUGUGCAGAAUUUCAUCGACGCCUGCAGAAAACUGGGAGUGCCUGAGGACCUCAUCUGUCACCCGCAGCACAUCCUGGAAGACGAAGGGUUAACCAAAGUGGCCCGGCUGGUUCAAGCACUGACACAGACAGCCACACAAGGACCCCUCUAGCUCCUUGGACAGGGCUGCCUCUACUGCUGCCCGACUCGAACUUGCCUUUGACAGUCCAGUCAAAGAUAUUCUGUGAUACCGAAUCGAGAACAUAUCUGCAGUAACAUAGAUAUUUCUGGUUCAGUUCUGUUUCCAGGUGUCAAAAGAACCGGACUCAAGCAGCACCAGAUAAUGCUCAGCAGAUGAUCGAGGAUUCACAUUGCAUAGCAUUGUGAUUCCAUCCCAGGUCUUCUUGUGAGCUCUGCUUACCUGUACACAAGUAUCCCUUUUUUGCUGGCUCUUCCAAGCCUUGAGGCGAGGGGCGGGGUUAAUUAUUUCCGUCAUUACGUUGCGUCAGUCUGUCCGUCAGUACGACCUUUUUUUUUUUUUUUUUUUUUUUUACCACAUGGCCUCUAAGCCUGAGUAUCAUGCUCACCACAUUUCUCUCUCUCUAUCUGAGAAGCAUUCUCCUCCUUUUGCUGAAUCGUUACAUUCGAUAAUAUACGAGGAACGCUGAAACAAGGAAAAACACAAGUUCCACUAUAGUCCACAAGGUGGUGCUAUUUCACCAUUCAACUCCCGUGGUUUUUUUUUUUUUUGUUGGUUUUUUUUUCUCAAAGGGAUUUCCAUUUGCAUUCAAUUUGCCUCAGUCUUGGCUGGGCGUAAAAAAAUCAAACGAUUAAUGAAAGCGAACCCCUAGUUUAGUGUAUUAUAUAAGCGUCUACAGCAACGUCUGACAGAGUGUCAUGCAGAGGAAGGCAAAAUACUAACUUCAUUAUUCGGAAGAUAAAGGCAUCUAAAGAGUUAAUUUGCUGGGCUUAUCUUCAGUGAGUUUUGUUUAGACCAGCAACAAUGGAAUAGUUAAUCUGUAAUGAAAAAUGUAGCGGAUCUUAUCAUUUAAAGGUGAAGGACCGCAUUUUACUUCAAGACUGUUGUGCUGCUCUUGAUUCACAGCAGUUCCUAUAUAUGCUUCAAGAAAGUGGCACUGGAACAGUUUUUAAAGUGGGGGUGCUGAAAGCCAUUGAACAAAACUGUAACCCCUGUGUAUGAUGGAAGCCAUGCAAAGCCAGGGGGCGCUGCCGCACCCCCCAGCACCCCUAGCUCCAGCGCCCUGGCAGGUUUGAUACCAGCGGCGGGCCGACUGAAGUGAUUAACAGGAGCGAGGGGGCUGUCCUAAAAGAUAUCGUUGCAGAACGCUUUCGACAUCCACUUCCCAGAACAGGAAGAACAUUUCUAUUGCACUUAUUUUUGCAACAGUAAAAAUGUUUGUUUUUGUUUUUUUGUUUUUCAUAGGGUUCAUCAAUUUCAAACUCUUCAAUUAUCGACAGUCUGGCAAAACACGCACCGUAUCUGAGGGGAGGGGGGGAAUGGAAACCAUGAAUUAUUAUUAAUAAAAUCAUCUGUUUUUAACCA